AUGUUUGAAAUUAUUACUUCAGAGGCAUCCUAUUUAAAAAGUUUAAAUAUUGUGAUAAAUGUUUUCCUGUUUUCACAAGAAUUUUCUGCUGAUCAUUCAGAUCGCUGUGUUCUUACUAAACGUGAAAGAACUGUGUUAUUUUCUAAUAUUGGAGCUAUAAGAGACACCAGUGAAAAGUUUUUAGCUGAUCUAGAAGAAAGAUGGAAGGAAUCGUGUAUAUUAAAAGAUAUCUGUGAUAUUAUUUAUUCUCAUGCUUCGCGCAAUUUUGAACCAUAUAUAAGAUACUGUAGUAACCAAAAAUUCCAGACUAAAGCCUUAGAUAUUCUCAAGAAAAAGGCAGAUUAUCAGGAAGCAGUUCGUCGUUUAGAGUCUAAUCCAGACUGCCAAAAUCUGCCCAUGUCUUCAUUUUUACUGUUACCCAUGCAGAGAAUAACUCGUCUUCCUCUAUUAGUUGAUGCUAUUUGUCAUAGAUUAGAACCUGGUAUCACUCUUCAUAAAUCAGCAUCUAAAGCAUUAGAUACAUUAAAUAAGUUGGUAAAGAGAUGUAAUGAAGGUGCUAAAAAGAUGCACCAAGCAGAGGAAAUGUGUCAAAUAGCUAGUCAGUUAGAUUUUUCUAGAGUUAAGGAAUUUCCUAUUCGCUCUGCUUCACGGUAUUUAGUAAAGAAAGGGGAUUUAGUCAGAGUCAUCAAUGAUGGUAGUAGAAUGCCAUUUGGUAAAAAGAGUGGCACAAAACAUAAUGUAACUCUGUAUCUUUUUAAUGAUAUCAUGAUACUAACUAAGAAAAAAGGGUAA